AUGUCUAAUAGAGUCAGAGACCUCCCAUGGCCAUCCACAAUACCAGACGAUGAAUAUGCCGAAAUAGCUGCUGGUCUUCCUGCAAAAGAUGAACCGUUCAUUAACAAGUACAUUGGUGGAAGGGAAGCACUUAUAGACCAGGAGAAACAGCAGCGCAGUGACUAUGCAUUCAGAUCCGCUCUCUCACCUCUUGCGCAAGAAGCCUGCAACAUUGUCUCCCGAAUCCGUCUCGAAGAACAAGCCUCUACGUGGACUUCGGAAUUCGAGGACCAUGUUGCGCAAGAAACGGGGAAGAAUAUAUAUCCAGGUAUGAUGUUCAGUCUGGCAAAGGAAAGGAUGGAGAAGACGAAAUUAUGGCAGAUUGUAAAAAAGAUGCCCAAGGGCGCGCUUUUGCAUGCGCAUAUGGAUGCGAUGGUUGAUUAUGAUUUCUUGUUUGAAGAAAUGCUGAAGACAGAGGGCAUGUGCAUUUUCUGUGAUCGAGCUUUAGAUUCGCCUGGAAGUAGGGAGGCGGGGCCCGUUAAGUUUAGGUUCAGGAAGAAUGGAGAUGGAGAAGGUGCAGAAAUUUGGAAGGAGGGCUAUAAACCAUUUAGCUUUGUGCCCUUGAAGGAUGCUGCGGAGGCUUUUCCUGAAGGUGGACGAGAGGGAUUCUUACGUUGGCUUCGAAGUCGAUGCACCAUUACUGAUACUGAAUCUAUCGAACAUCAUCACGGCGUUGAUGCAGUCUGGAGGAAGUUCUCUUCGGUUUUUACGAUUUUGAACACAGUCAUCUUCUAUGAGCCUAUAUUCAAGGCAUUCAUGAAGAGAAUGAUGCAGACUUUACUUGCUGAUGGUGUCAAAUGGGUGGAUUUACGACUGGCUUUCACAUUCUUUUAUUACCGUGAAGGUCAAGAGAUAGCAGAUGAUACAUACAGCAACAUGUUCAAAGUUUUCGGAGAGGAAAUUGAGAAGUUCAAGGCAUCAGAAGAGGGUAAGGGAUUCUGGGGAGCAAGGAUGAUUUGGACUGGUCUUCGAGUUUUGGAUACAAGAAAGAUCGUAGAAGAUAUGGAUGCUUGUUUAACAAUCAAGAUGACUUACCCGGAUCUCAUAUCCGGAUAUGAUCUUGUUGGCCAAGAAGAUGCUGGAAGACCAUUAAAAGAUCUUCUGCCAGAGCUUUUCUGGUUCAAGAAGCAGUGUGCGCAAGAAGGAGUCGAAAUCCCUUUCUUCUUUCAUGCAGGAGAAUGUCUUGGUGAUGGUAGCGAUACUGAUCAGAAUCUCUUCGAUGCUGUUCUACUCGGAACUCGUCGCAUUGGUCAUGGAUUUUCCUUAUACAAGCAUCCUUUAUUGAUUGAUUUGGUCAAGGAAAAGAAAAUUCUCGUAGAGAGUUGUCCAAUUUCGAACGAGGUCCUUCGCCUCUGCGCUUCGAUCAUGUCACAUCCUCUACCAGCGCUUCUCGCACGAGGAGUUUCCUGCUCUCUCUGUAACGAUGACCCUUCGAUUCUUGGUCAGGAUGUUAAUGGUAUGACGCAUGAUUUCUGGCAAGCUCUGCAAGGCUGGGAUAAUCUUGGACUUGCUGGCCUAGGUUCACUGGCUGAAAACAGUGUAAGAUGGGCAGCAUUCGAGGAUCAAAGCGCUGGCAAAUGGUUAGAGGAUGUUAAGGAAGCUUCGAUGGGUAACGGUGUGAGAGCGAAGAGAUUGCAAGAAUGGAGCGUGGAGUGGGAACAAUUUUGCUUGUGGAUAGUAACGGAGUUUGGAGACGAUGAAGAUAGUGCGAGAAAAAUCAGAGAAGAUGGGGAUGGUCCAUUGGCUGCUCAGGAUUAA